GGCGCGGGGUGCGAGAAAGCCACGCGGGUCAGCGUGUAAGCAGGCGCCCCUGUCCCUCCUCUGACUCAUCAGGUUAGGGAAACGCUCCUCUGAGCCCCCAAGCCAACCCCUACCCCAGUCCCCAUCUCCUUCCAGGAGAGCGGGACCCGCAGGGCGCGCGCACAUCAGACAGCAAAGCAACCAGUCGGCCCACAGUCGCCUUGCUGGGACCCUUUGGUACGAACUCUGGCCCUUGGUGCUGUGCUUAGCCACUACGAGGGGCAGGACCCCGCUUUUGGUUGCGCACCAACUCCCCCUCAGCAUCUCCGUGGGGCGGUGCUGAGCCAGGAGUUGGCUGAGCCCGGGCACAGCGCCACCCGGCUGUCUCCAGCAGAACCCGGCGCCAGGGGGGUUCCGUGCGCUGUGCGCUGUUUCCCCAGCAGGUUCCUAAGACGACCUGCCUUUAAGGAGCGUUUCCCUGGGCGCGCCUGCCUCCCGGCGCCGUUAGCCGGGAACGUGCGGUGGGCAAGGGAGGGAGAAGCCGGUGCGAUCGUAGAUCCCCGGGAGACCUGGCCGUCUCUUUCAGUAUCAGACAGCAGAGAAGCCGUCGCGGGAGCGCACUUCUCGGGGUCUCGCUGGCUCUGGGGCGCCUUCCUACUCGCCUGAUCGGAGUGCGAGCCAGCAGGCAUGGGGUGUUUGGGCAACAGCAGCAAGACCGCGGAAGAUCAGGGCGUGGAUGAAAAGGAACGCCGUGAGGCCAACAAAAAGAUCGAGAAGCAGUUGCAGAAAGAGCGCCUGGCUUACAAAGCGACCCACCGCCUGCUGCUUCUGGGGGCUGGUGAGUCCGGGAAAAGCACUAUAGUCAAACAGAUGAGGAUCCUGCACGUCAAUGGCUUCAACCCCGAGGAAAAGAAGCAGAAAAUUCUGGACAUCAGGAAAAAUGUCAAAGAUGCUAUCGUGACAAUCGUUUCAGCAAUGAGUACCAUAAUACCUCCAGUUCCACUGGCCAACCCUGAGAACCAGUUUCGGUCAGAUUACAUCAAGAGCAUAGCCCCUAUCACUGACUUUGAAUAUUCCCAGGAGUUCUUUGACCAUGUGAAGAAGCUGUGGGAUGAUGAGGGAGUGAAGGCCUGCUUUGAGAGAUCCAACGAGUACCAGCUGAUCGACUGUGCACAAUACUUCCUGGAAAGGAUUGACAGCGUGAGUCUGGUUGACUACACACCCACAGACCAGGACCUGCUCAGAUGCAGAGUGCUGACAUCAGGGAUCUUUGAGACACGAUUCCAAGUGGACAAAGUGAACUUUCACAUGUUUGACGUUGGAGGCCAGAGAGAUGAGAGAAGAAAAUGGAUCCAGUGUUUUAACGAUGUCACUGCCAUCAUCUAUGUGGCAGCCUGCAGUAGCUACAACAUGGUGAUCCGGGAAGAUAACAACACCAACAGACUCCGGGAGUCGCUGGACCUGUUUGAAAGCAUCUGGAAUAACAGGUGGUUACGAACCAUUUCCAUCAUCCUGUUCUUGAACAAACAAGAUAUGCUGGCAGAAAAAGUCUUGGCAGGGAAGUCAAAAAUUGAAGACUAUUUCCCGGAGUAUGCCAACUAUACUGUCCCUGAAGAUGCAACACCAGAUGCAGGAGAAGAUCCCAAAGUUACAAGAGCCAAGUUCUUUAUCCGGGAUCUGUUCUUGAGGAUCAGCACAGCCACGGGUGAUGGCAAACAUUACUGCUACCCUCACUUCACCUGCGCCGUGGACACAGAGAACAUCCGCAGAGUGUUCAACGAUUGUCGUGACAUCAUCCAGAGAAUGCACCUCAAGCAGUACGAACUCUUGUGAGGGCCACCCACCCACCCCUCCUCCUCCUCACUGCUGCCUCUCCUCCCUCUGACCACCCCAUGAGGCAGCAUAUCCCCCAGCCUCGUGUCUGUCCACCCCCGAGCCAAGGUAGGGAGUAGUGAGUGUCUAGUGUCAUCAGACUGCCGUCUGUCCUGUCCUAGGUAUGCCUAUGUGUGACCACCAAGCCUCUGGCUACCUCUGUUCCCCAAGGUUUGGUUCUGUGACUUUGUUUUCACUGGACAAAACAGCCUCCCACCACCAAUUUGUAUCCCCGUAUCACCCUCUGGGUGGUACUGCAGUGGAUUUUCUCUGGGUGGGAAUCUAUUUAUUCUUUGAUGGAACGGUUGAUGGGUUGAAUCAUCAAAGACAGCUUGGUGAACGGGGGAAAUACAUUGUUUUCAAGUUAUCAAGCAUGAUCACAAAACUGUCCGGACAGUGCCACGCACUUGGUUUUUCCCUUUAUAAAAGGUCGGGCUACCCAGUGUCUGCCCCUUCUGGUCUGCAUUGGCCCAGGGCUUAAAGCAGAUCCACGUCAGCAACAGAAGACGAGGACCUUUUUCAGCCACAGUUGCAAUGGCUAUAAGCCUUGGGCAUUUGGGUUAGAGCACUUCUGGGAGCCUUUUACACUUGGGCAGAAAGCCGGCCACAUUCACUACUAAUGGUGUCCUGUCUAUAAACAAGGGGUCCUCUACACCUUCCUGAUAGCUGGGCAUAGUCCUUCCUGUCUUCUUUCUGUUGUUGCUUUACCAGACUGUACAGACCACAAGAUGUACUACUCUUUUCUGUGGCUACUCCAGAAGCCUCCUUGUAGAGUUCCGUGCCUUGGUGGCGGCUACACCUGUAAGGAAACGUGUCCCUCCUGUGCCAAGCAGCCUGCAGUCCACACAGCCUGCUGCUUCACAGUGGGGAAUCAGUAGUAUCUGCCCAUCUUAGGAUAUUUUUAUCAGGUUGGCACUUAUGGAAGACUCGGUGAUUUUAGAAUCAUCCACUUUACCAGCAGUAUCUUCCCAAUACUGAAACUGUUGCAGCCACCCGCUUUUACUGCUCCAAACCUGAGCUGCUGCACACAUUGGGAUGACCCGCUUUCAAGGCAUAAAUUACAAUCAAUUCUUUUUUCAGGGUUCUAAGGGGUUCCCCCCCACUCCCCUCUCAAGAUGAUCUGUUUUCGAUGACCCCUUCAAGUUCUGUAGUCAGGAGCAGGCCAACCAUCCCUUAGUUAAGUUCUACACACAGGCCACCAAACAAGAAACUGGUGGUCAGAGGAAAGCACAGGGGUGUCCAUGUUGUAUACGGCUGAGGACAAUAAGGAUGACGUCAUCUGAAGAUGAAAUAUACAAAACUACUUAUUUAUUAUCUGUCUCUCUAUUUGCUAGGGAUGAGCCCAGCACCUAGUGCAUGCUAGGCAAGCACUCUACAGCUAGUCCAUAUCCCCAGCCACAACUCCAGCCCUCACGAAAACCUUUAUUUUAAAUAUAAAGAUAAAAUAAAUGGCUUCUCCUCA